AUGCGCUGCUGGACCUUUGGAGCCGCGCUGGCCAUGAUGGUCUUCGGUGCCGCGGACGCGCUCGAGAACUGCGACAGCAAUGUCCUCGUGAACGCCUACGCGGGUCUCAACGUCAACUCGCAGCUCGUGACGUGCAUGACGCAGAACAACUUCAGCGCCGCGCUCGACGGCUCCGUGGACCUCACGACCGUGAACGCCGCCUCGGCCCCCGACCAGGUCAAGGCCAUCUGCGCCUCGGACUCGUGCAAGACCAUCCUCUCGACGCUCGUUGGCAGCGCCAAUUUCAACCUCACCAACUGCAUCGUCGGCAACAACAUCGUGCUCAUGACGGAGAUUUCCAACCUCCAGGCAACGUGCACGGCACUCGCUUCGACGACGGCUCCGGCGGCCACUACGGCAGCUCCGACGACAGCUCCGGCGGCCACUACGGCAGCUCCGACGCCCGCUCCGGUCGCCACUACGGCAGCUCCGACGCCCGCUCCGGUCGCCACUACGGCAGCUCCGACGCCCGCUCCGGUCGCCACUACGGCAGCUCCGACUCCCGCUCCGGUUGCUACUACGGCAGCUCCGACUCCCGCUCCGGUUGCUACCACGGCCGCCCCGGCCGCCACUACGGCCGCUCCGACUCCCGCCCCGGUUGCUACUACGGCGGCUCCGACGGCAGCUCCCGUGGCUACUCCGGCUCCGACCCCCGCUCCAGUUGCCACUACGGCCGCUCCGGUUGCCACUACGGCCGCUCCGGUUGCCACUACGGCCGCUCCGGUCGCCACUACGGCCGCUCCGGUCGCCACUACGGCUGCUCCGGUUGCUACCACUGCCGCUCCUUCGGACGAUAACACUCAGCAGCAGCAGACGUUCUCCACGCUCAACUCGGACAGCGGCUCUGCUGGCGGCGUGUCUCCGGGAAAGUACUGCGAGCACUAA